AUGAUGGAGCCAUACCAGACUGAGAUGGAAUGGGUCCAGUUUGACAACUCGGGCGUAUACGCUACUGGUUUGGCUUCUUUCGACUGUGAUCAACACCGAUAUAUGCGGGAUUUCUCGGCAACCGCUUCCUUUAGACUCUCUCUGAGCGCCGGCUGUGAACAACUCGGUCGUUCCUUUCGAACUGGCUACGUUUGCAGCAGUCGAAGGACUUUGAUGGCAGCGUUCGAGUCGCAAGGUCGCCGCCUGCAGCAGUUCUUCAUGCAGUGUAUGCAUUGGCGUCACAAUCGAUACAUGUUUCCCUUACUACGUGCCUUUGCUUUGUAUGAAUCCGGGGAGCGAAUUCGUCGGGGUAUCGUUCGGCUACCGCAGGGUAUUCCCGUGGGCCUCCCGUGCCGCCUCCGCCUCCGAGCGCCGCCCUGGGGUGCGUCACCGCUCGCUUCUUCGCCCGGUACGUGCCCCGGACUGGUAGAGAGGGCGCCCCAUGAUAUCUGCCUCAGUCUCAAUGCCGAGUGCCGCACACUUCCGAUACGAGCCUCCUCUGGGCAGUCGCAUAGGCGGGUACGCUGUUCGCUUCACAAGCAAGCGCACGCCCUUCCGAUCAAUAGAGGAUUUGCUGAACGCAAUGUUCUCCAUGCACAACCAAGAACCGAGACGGAAAUCCAGUAUGGAAAUCCGGUCGAUAUGGGUUGCUCCUUCGACACUCCAUUCGAGUCGAUCGCUGCGAUGCCUCAAGUCAGCAUCCAGGACCCUUCUCCAUGCAACAACUCUUCAAACGACGACGCCGAGUUGUCUUCCUCGUCCAUUCAACAGCGCGCAUUGUCGCGUCCGCGAGUUGCCUUGGACCACAGAAAUCGAAAACCCGAAGCAUACCUGAUUAGAGCAUGCUGGUACCGCAGGGAUUGGAGGAGAGCGGAGCCUCGUGCGUAUGCACUGGAAGAUACGAUCAUCUAUUUGAGGUGCCUUUGUUCGAGUGUGUUGCGAAUCACCCCGAUAUCCUUGGCAUCCUGA